AUGCCGCUGCUCUCUUUCUUCUCUUUGUGCUUAUCCUCUGCCUGUCCGCUCCCUGUCCCGUGCCGCAGCCGCCCUGCCAUCCGAAACAGGCAUGGCGGGAGGGCGCCUGCCGGAAGCGGACUAGCGGCGUUGCUGCCUGGCUGCCUGCCCCUCCGUCGCAGCUUCCUGGCUGAUCGGGUGGUGCGCUCGCCCAAUCAGCGGGCGGAGAGCCACUGGACCCACCGCAGGCCGCGCGCUGACUGGCCCGUCGGAGGGCGUCGGCCGGCGACCGGGGCUGAGGCUCUCUGUGGCCGGCCAGCCCAGCAGAGGGAAUGCAUUCUCUCUCGCUGCUCCUCCUCCUCCCUCCCGUCGCCCGCCUCGACAAACCCCCAACCCGCGCCUUUCCUCUUUCUGCGCCCUCUCGCUUGGUUCACCAACCCCGGUGCUGAGGAGCGUUCAUCUUCCCGCGUUGAGAGAGAGGGGGUACGCUGUCAGAUUAUGACAGAUACCUCCUCACUCGCAACCACGCAUUCCACCACGGACCCGUAUCCGGUCGCCGCUCCUCUGAACUCCCCCGUGCCCAACGGCACCAUCUCUGACUCGGUCCAGCCAGAAGAUGACGAGCCAUACACCAUCAAGUGCAUCUGCGCCUUCGAGGAUGAUGAUGGCAACACCGUCUUCUGUGAAGGAUGUGAGACCUGGCAGCAUAUCGAGUGCUAUUACCAUGGCCAAGAGGUGCCCGAGGUUCACAACUGCACCGACUGUGAGCCCCGUUAUCUGGACGCCAGGCGCGCAACCGAGCGACAGAGGCGACUCCGGGAACAGAGUGAGGGCGGCGACCGGAAAUCGAAGCGAUCAGGAACGAAGAGCCAGAAGAAGAAGUCCAAAGACCACCAUCAUCAUGACCAACCCCCUCAGGUUAACGGCCACCACCACCGGAGCGACUCCAGCUCCCGGGAUCAGCCCCCCGCGAAGAAGCCCAAAACGAGCCACAAGGCCUCGGCAUCUGUGAGCUCGCUCUCGGGCUCCACCGUGCUGCAGCCGGAUACGCGGAAACGGUCUGGUUCGACAGCCACCUCGAUGAGCCCCUCCAAGUCCUCGUCGGGCCCGUCCAUCCCUCUCUACUCGAGCGAAUUCCUCCAUCUGUACGACCGCGAUCGAGGGCAUGUUGACAUGAAAAGCAAUCUCUUCGUCAAUCUGACCCUGGCCGCCGACCUUGCCUCCUGGGUGAAAGAUCCGGUCGCCCUCUCUCGCGUGGCCAAUGGGCGUUCCGCGCAAGACAUCUUCACCUGGUCAGACACCGUGCUGGAUCCAUCUCAGUGGCCCGUCCUGUCCACUGAGACCAUCACGGACCCGGACCUAGAGAUCGAUGGCAAGCAUCCUAUGUGGAAGAUGCUGAAGACCGAAACGAAGGUCCGCAAGGAUGAGAUUGUUGGUGAAGUCAAGGGCAAGAUCGGGCUCCUCCGGGACUACUGUCUGGAUCCGAAUAAUCGGUGGCCCGAGUUGCGACAUCCCCAACCGUUCGUCUUCUUCCAUCCACAGCUCCCCAUCUAUAUCGACAGUCGUGAGGAAGGUUCCAUCCUGCGGUACAUCCGGCGUUCUUGCCGUCCGAACGUUACCAUGAAGACUUUUAUCACAAACGACGUCGAGUACCAUUUUUGCUUCGUAGCCAACCAGGAUAUUCCGGCGAAUUCCGAGAUUACGGCCAUGUGGUAUCUGGAUCCCCAGCUUUUCGGAUCGUCCAACGGUCUGGUCAAGCAGGAAGAAGGCUUUCAGGAGGCGGCUGCCGUGUGCAUCAGCAACGUUCUGGCGCACUUUGGCGGCUGUGCCUGCGAUCCCCCCCAGAAUUGCCUCCUGGCCAAUGUGGAUCGGCGGCGUCAUCCCGGUGGGAAGCAGCUGAAUGGGAAGCGCAAGAAGGCCAAGUCGAAAUCCACCAUUUCCCCGGUCGGCACCGGGCGCUCCAACACGAGCCGUGCUGGCAGUGAGGGGGCCAAGAACGGGGAUGACGAUGACCACGGUGACAAUCGGUCCACGUCGGGAUCCGCCCGUGGCCAGACUCACAGUCGGGAUCUGACUCCUACGCAGACCCCUCAUGACUUGAUGUUCGGCGAUUCCGAGCUUUCCGCUCGGGAUAGACGGAAAAUUGCUGCAGUGGAGAAGAAAUUCGAGCAACUUGAGCAAGAUCAACAAGCGAAAAAGAAAAAGCGAAGUAGCGCCCAGACGACGCCAACGCUUCCCAGCUCGAAGCAGGCCGGUUCGUCCAAAUCUCUCCAUGUCGACACGAACGCUGGCCGUCAAUCCCAUUCCCCUCCAUCUCGUCUCUCUCCAGGUAUGGGAUCGAACCACCGCAAUGCAUCGCCGCGGAAAACAUCUGGGUCCAACACUCCCCCAGUGCGGUCGCCGCUUGGGCGUCCAGAAUAUGUCGACGCAGCACACCAGACCGCAGCAGAGGAGAACGCCGCUCGCGACGUGCCAUCCCCAUCACCUCUGCGCCGACCGAACUUCACUUCUUUAAGUCAACGGCUGCUGAGGCGAUGCCAUGAAGAUCGUGUCAAGCUUGAAUGGAUGUCCAAGCAGCGGGAUGCCAUCGCGGGCUCGACGUUGGAUGUUGCAAUGACCCCGGCGUCUCCCGCGGAUGGACAGCCUACACCUAAAAAUGAGGAGGAUGUGGAGAUGAAGGAUGCCGACAGCGAAAUGACACCGCCGAAAUCUCGACCGUCGGAUACUUCACAAUUGCCCCGGACCCCCGAUACGACGAGCAAACACCCGUUCCCCUCUCCUUUGCCGUCCACCGCUGCCCAUAACACGUUCAUUCCUGGAAGGGGCGUUAACGGUACGCGGUCAGAUCUCCACGUUCAGCUGCCUCCGAAUACGUUGUCACUUCCCUUAGCCAACGCACCCGGGUCGAUGAGUCCAGCCUCGCUGCAGUCGCCUUCCGGGACGGAAUCUUCCGGGGUUGCACCAGUGGCCCAGACUCCUGGAACCAGCAUCACAGCGCCCAGCCCUGUUAAGAAGAAGCUCAGCUUGGGUGACUAUCUCAGUCGAAGGGGGAACAUGACGACGACACCGACGUCAGAAAAGAGUCAGGCACAGGGGACGCCGAGUCUCGCGCCUCCGCAGAAGCCGGCAUCUCAACAGCAGACGACAACCCCUCCUUUAUCGACGGAUGGACAAGCUCAGCCUCCGACUGCGACAGGGCCUGACGGAGCCAAAGGUGAGUGUUCUCCUCCGUCGACGGAUGUUCCUGUGAAAGAUGGGUCGAAACCGCCCCCUUCUCCUCCUUAUGUCUCUUCUUCGAUGACGGGGUUGUCGGAUCGCAGCAAAAUUCCACCUUCCUCAUGA